AUGGAAGGUAGCGCAGGAAGAGCUGAGCAGUUGCUGCACGGGGGUGAGGGCGUGUGGAGCGGCCCGCCGUCGGUGACGGAGCGCGUGAACGAGGCGAGUGUGGAGAUGGACGUGGUGUCCCCUACCGGGUUUCUCCGCGUGUGCCGCCACUCCGACGCGCAGCUCUUCUCCGGCUGGCGCUCUGGUCUCAGCGUCUACGACCUCCUCCCCUCCCUCGACCACCUCGUGACGGUGGUGGCUUCGCUGUUGAGGGCUCCCGCACAGGAGGAAGCGGCCGUUGUGCUCUCGGGCUGCGGCACCUCAGGCCGGCUGGCCUUCUUCCUGAGCCGUGGAUUCAAUGAGCUGCUGGUGGGACUGGGCCGCAAGCCCCUCUUCUACUACCUCGUCUCCGGAGGCGACGAGGCGGUAAUCGCGUCCAGGGAGAGCGCCGAGGACAAUCCCCACCUGGGCACCCAGGACUUGAUCGCGAUCACAAAGGGCAAGGCCCGUGUUCUCUUCGUGGGCAUCACGUGCGGCUUCAGCGCGGGCUAUGUGGCGGGCCAGCUCGUCUACGCCAUGAGCCAGCCCCACUUUUCCAGCGUUCUUCUCGGCUUUAACCCGGUGAGCCUGGCGAGGGAUAACCCCAUCGAGAAGUGGGACCACACGUUCAAGCAGGUCGCCGUGCGCCUGCAGCAAGCCCACCUCCGCGACCUCGCCGACAGCGCCGGCGCUCCGCCGCGUCACUACGUUCUCAACCCUCUGGUGGGACCUGAGACGCUGACGGGGUCUAGCCGAAUGAAGGGCGGCAGCGCGACCAAGUUCCUGCUGGAGACGAUCUUUGCGCGCGCCAUCGCCGAGGUGGGCGGCGUCGACCUGGUUCCGUCGCCCUCGGCCGACGCGCCCCUCUUCCCCAAGCCCGUCACCACCGAAGGCCUGCUCCAAGCCUACGAGAUCACCUACAGGCAAGCCCCGCACAGCUCCUGA